GUCUACAUGACAUUCAACAAUCCAAGUGUCAUCCGUUAUCCUUGGUUCAAUGGAGUUGCCUUUAGAACAAGGAAUGCUAAUGGCGUCAUCAUGCAGAUCUUGCUUAAUUCAGGAGAUGUCACCAUUCAGGUCAGUCACAUGUCACCAUUCAGUUCAGUCACCAUUCAUAUCAGUCAAAUCACCAUUCAGUUCAGUCACCAUUCAGAUCAGUCACAUCAACAUUCAGUUCAGUCACUAUUCAGGUCAGUCACAUGUCACCAUUCAGGUCAGUCACAUGUCACCAUUCAGGUCAGUCACAUGUCACCAUUCAGGUCAGUCACAUCACCAUUCAGUUCAGCCACCAUUCAGGUCAGUCACAUGUCACCAUUCAGUUCAGUCACCAUUCAGGUCAGUCACAUCACCAUUCAGUUCAGUCACCAUUCAGGUCAGUCACAUGUCACCAUUCAGGUCAGUCACACGUCACCAUUCAGGUCAGUCACAUGUCACAAUUUUGGUUAGUCACAUUUCAUAAGGAUACUUAAACAUUAUUACUAAUGACAAACAGAAAUAUUUUUUCCUGUUGUUCUUUCAAAAACUUCUAUGGCACUGUUGCAUACAAUUUUUAAAAAUCUAUACAUGAGAUCUUGUUGUAACAACAAAAACUUUAAGUGCUAACAUCCUUUGACUAAUUCGGGAUUAAAUAAUUUCUUAACAAUGUUUAAAAAUUAUACAAAUAUGUAAUUAAGUUUUUUUUCCCUCAUAGACAUUGAAUUGUAAUACCCAUUAGUUAUUAAAAGUCAUCAGAGCUAUAAUUGAUGAUUUCAGAUUGUUGAUGGUAUUAUACGAUAGAGCUACUUGACUAUUGUCCUUAUACUGGACAAAGUUCGUGUGGAUGAUGGACAGUGGCACUAUUAUGAAGUCAGGUGGUUUGAAAAAGGUGCCAUUGACUUGUUCUUGGAUUACGAACAGUAUAAGUGGGUGAGUUUAAAAAACUAAGUGUAGUGAAAACAUGAGAUAUUUCCAUAACAGUAUAAGUGGGUGAGUUUAAAACUUAGUGUAGUGAAAACAUGAGAUAUUUCCAUAAAUAGUAAGUUUUAACGCUAUGUGUUGGAAAAAAAAAAGAGACAUAUUCAUGACCUGCUUAGUUUACAAGUUAGUUUACAACCAAAUAAAAAAAUGAACAAAUUUUUGUACAUAAAUGAACAUAUUUUUGUACAAAGAAGCAUAGUUUGGAAGUAUCUUUCCAUUAAUAUUUGUAAGCAUCUAUCUUUACUAAAGUUUGCUGAUUGAAAGUAAUUUGUUUAUAAAAAACAGUUUGAAUUGAACAUAGACUAGAUAUUGAUUGAACCUUGUACCAGACCAGGAGGGACUUCAUGGAUUAUUUUUAAUUUUCUGAAAAUUAAAUUGUUUGUAGGUAUAUUUUUUUUAAAUCGCUCGUCUUGUUUGUGGAGCAAAUCAUCGGAAGCAAACAGCAUAGUUAAAAUGGCUGUUGUGAAACAAUUUCAGAAAUUUCAAAAUGUCACAACUUCAAUUAUGGGUAAAGAUGUCACUCUGAUAUACGUGGGAGCGUCCAGAGACGGCAACAAACCGAUGGCCAAUUUCUUGACUGGAUGUUUUAAGGUAGGACGUCUUGGUGGACUUGCCGUUAAUGAUUGAGUCUCUCAUGCGGUGCUUGUGGCUUGUAUUUUUACAAGGAGUGGGUUUGUCUUGUUUGUUUUUUACUAUUUAUAGAAGCUCUUUAUUUUUGUAAUGUAGUGUCAAUGAAUGGAAUCUAAGAUGAUCUGUGCAUGUAUGGAUAUAAAAGGAUAGCUGCAAAGUUAUUUUUUAAAUUUCAUUUUGCUAGAUAUUAAAGGAAGCAUAUGUAUAUAUAUGUUCAAAUUUGAUGAACGCUAAAGAAGGGACCUUAUAUAUAUAUAUAAUAUAGGAAGCUAACACAAAUGCAUGUAACUGCAUAUUGUAACAUACAUAUGUCGAUGUUUCAUUUAGGGUAUUAAAAAAAAAACACCUGCAUUUUAGUACUAAGUAGAAAUUUCAGUACUUCGUAGCUGGUAUGAUGGUGGUCUCAGGGUGGGCAACUCUGCGCAGUCUUUUCUCCAGAAUCCUAUAGAACCUACUGUUGACCAAGGCUGCACGGGGAGCCCUGUGUGUACUUCUAGUGUGUGUGGUGUUGGUCAGUGUGUUGAUGAGUGGAACAAUCACAGCUGUCUGUGCCCUGCAGGUCAGUCUAAUGUGUGUGGAGUUGGUCAGUCUAAUGUGUGAGGUGUUGAUCAGUAUCUUUACCCUCCAGGAACUUUGUGUACAUGAGUUGCCUCCAGUCAUCAAACAUUGAGUCUAUUGAUCAUACCUGUACUUGAUAUAGUAUUAUUGUGACUAUACACUUGUAUUUUUAGAAACUUUCAUCUUUCAAUUAAAUUGACCAAACAAAAUUGUAUCGUAUUCACAAUACAAAUACACAGCCUAAAAUGCUUUAAAUUUUCUCAGAAAGGUGAAAAGUUCAAACUUUUAGAAAAAUGAGUCUUUUAAUGUAGAUAAUAUUUUUCAAUAUUUUAGGAAACACUGGCCCCCAGUGUCUGGAGAUAUGUACGAAUUUCAACCCCUGUAAAAACUGGGCUGAAUGCAAACAGCCAUUGCAGGGACAAAACACAUACACCUGCGAAUGUGGUAUGCGGCAAAGUGGGAAGUACUGUGAGAAUCAGGCACCUGCGACCUGUCCGGCAGGCUGGUGGGGUAAACCCAUCUGUGGACCUUGUAACUGUAAGGCGGAUAAAGGAUUUGGACAGACAUGUAACAAAGACAAUGGGACAUGUGCCAGUAAGGUGAGAUUAGGUGUGAAUAUCUGGGACAUAAGCCUGUAAGGUGAGAUUAUGUUUGAAUAUCUGGGACAUUUGCAUGUAAGGUGAGAUUAGGUUUGAAUAUCUGGGACAUUUGCAUGUAAGGUGAGAUUAGUUGUGAAUAUCUGGGACAUGUGCCUGUAAAGUGAGAUUAGGUGUGAAUAUCCAAAUAUUAAGAAUUUUAGUCAAGCCAAACUCUAAUUUUCACCUGCCCUGUUAAUGCAUUUCUCUCUAAAUUGUUCAUGUUUUUUAUUCCCAGACACUGCAUUACCUACUUCCCAACAGUGAUACCUGCUAUCCACGUGACUGCUAUAAGCUGGGCUCUAAGGACAUGACUUGUAACCCGGCAACAGGUCAAUGCAACUGUUAUGAAGGGGUCAUAGGUCGCCUGUGUGACACGUGUGACAGCAUAUUUGCUGCUGUGGUCAAGACUACCAAGAAAGUCAAUGACACGGCCUACCAGGAUGUGGUGACUUGUGUUGGUGAGUUCAUACAUUUUUAGUUAUAUACAAUUGUUAUGUGACAGCAUAUUUGCUGCUGUGGUCAAGACUACCAAGAAAGUCAAUGACACGGCCUACCAGGAUGUGGUGACUUGUGUUGGUGAGUUCAUACAUUUUUAGUUAUAUACAAUUGUUGCUGCAUAAUGUUAUGUUAUUGAGCGAAAGGGUUACGCCACUAUAUGAAAUGUUAUUGAGGUUGCGGGCUACACCAUUAAAUAGUGUAUGUUAAUUAGGGUACAGGCUAUGCCAAUAAAUAAUGUAUGUUAUUGAGGGUAAGGGUUACACCAUUAAAUAAUGUAUGCUAUUGUGUGUCUAUGAUUGAUGUAAAAAUAUAUUAAAUUGUUUUUAAUUCUUAAUGUACCAAACUAAUGUUGAGUAAUGCUAUAUGUCGAUCUCAAAUGUAGUCUUACACCUCCCUUAGAUUAUGAAAUAAACUAAACAUUAUGUAUUAAUGUGCACUGAAGAGGUUAAAAUAGUUUUUUGGUUUGUGUGAUGUUUGAUAUGCUUACAUUUCUUUUUUCAUGAACAGUUUUUUAUGAAGAGUGUCCUAGAAAUUAUGCAGGAGGAAUAUGGUGGGACCAGAUCAGGUUUAAUUUGGAAGCCCAACAAGACUGUCCAGAAGGGGCCACUGGUCAGUCAAUAAAUAGCUGAUCAUUAUAACUUGUUUUAAGUUUUUUUCCUUUCAUUUAACUGAACCAAGCUCAGUUUGACAUGAUCAAGUUUGACAUAAUAACAUAAACUUUUCUUUUAACUGUUGUGCUUUUUUAAUAAAUAGCUGAUCAUUAUAACUUGUUUUAAGUUUUUUUCCUUUCAUUUAACUGAACCAAGCUCAGUUUGACAUGAUCAAGUUUGACAUAAUAACAUAAACUUUUCUUUUAACUGUUGUGCUUUUUUUAAUAAAGUUUGAAAACUUAACAAAUGUUUACAUUUGAUAAAUGAUUUAUUGUCCAAAAAAGCUUAAAUAUUUAUUCAAAAAAAAAAAAAAGUGGAAGACACUUUGGAAAUUACUUUAAGCUUUACCUACACAAGUUGACAAUAUUCAAAUUGUACAAUGACCCCCUUAAAACUUAUCAAUUAAUUUUUGGGGAGGAUUGUAUCUAUAGAUCUAAUCCUUUGGACGCCUGUAGUUUAUAAAAUAUUGAUAGCAAUCAUCAAGACUCAAAGCCAAAAACAGCAAAACUUUGUUUCUGUCUUACACAGGCACGGCCAAAAGAAAAUGUACAGAGAAGCAAAGCUGGGCAGAGCCUGACUUGUUCAGUUGUACAAGUAACAGUUACUUAUAACUUAAUGAAACAGUAAGUACAAGUAACAGUUAUUUAAAGCUUAAUGAAACAGUAUGUACAAGAAAUUGUUGUGCAAGUAACAGUUACUUACAGUUUAAUAACACUAAGUACAAGUAAUAGUUGAAAAUGUAACAGUUACUUACAAGUUAAUGAAAUAAUAAACACAUGUAAUACAUUUUGACAUAUUGUUAUCAGAAUUGUGAGUUUGUGAGAGUCAUGAUUGUUGAAUUUCUUUCAUUUUUAGUGAUGAAAAUAAAAAAAGUAUUCUCUGUCUUGACAGGUGAAAGAUUUUGAGUCAGGUAAAAUCAACCCAUACAUUGCAGACUACACCCUCACUCUACUCAAGAAUGUUUCAUACACAACAACCCCCAUCUAUGGUGGGGACAUCAUGAUGGUCUACCGUUUCACUAACGUCACACUCAGCUAUGAGAUCUCUCAGACAGGACUCAGCCUGAUCAGUCAGCAGUAUAGUGACUUUGUUCAGGUAAGGAUGCCUCUAUGACAUUUGAAAUUCUUGAUAUUCAUUUCUUCUCUUUUGUUUGAACAACUAAAACGUGCUUAGAUUUCAGCAUGUUCAAUUUUAAUUAUUGAAACUCAGAUUGCUUACUGAAAACUUGGAAAAAAAAUCUUGAAAAAUUAUACUAAAAAUAUCCUUUCAAAAAUGCUUUAAAAUGUGUUGUACCACUUCACUUAGAUAAUGGCAUGUGUUGUAUCACUUCACUUAGAUAAUGGCAUGUAUACUGUACCACUUUUGCUGUAGGUCUUGACAUCUGAUUAAAGUCUUUAUUGUCUAGGAAUAAAUGGCUGUACACAUGGAAUGUGCAAGAAUUUGUAUGCAUCGCUUGUAAUCAAUAUUCAUUGCUGAGUAUAAUUUCAUGGUUUCCAUAUUUUAAUUUAAUUUCAAUCUACUUAAAAAUCUUGAACCUUCUUUAAUUAAAAUUCAUUUUUCUCUGUCAGAAACUUUUGGUAGUGCUGCGUAACGUGGCAGAUGAAAAGUACUCUCGCUACUGGCAGCAGGUUGGCAAGCUGACAGGAGGCGCCACUCAUCUUAUGAAUUUGUUUGAGAAAUUUGUGGCCAAGACUGUGGAACUGUUACCCCAAGCCCAGUGAGGAACAUUUGAAGCUGUGUCUGAUGAUAUGGGUAAGAUCAUGUGCAUCUUUUUCAAUCAUUUUAACCUUCUAUAGGCAGCAAAGUUUAUGUCAUUAUAUUUUUUAAAGUGAUAAAUUUGAAACACCGUUAGCUGCAGAUAGAAAAUAUGUAAUUUAAAACUUUUGUUUUUAAAAAAUUACAAAUACUGAGCAACCCUAGGAAAAUUAAAAUUGAUCAUUAUUCACCAAAUCUCUGAUUUAUUUAUCAUUUCAGUUCUUGGAGCUGAUUGGUUGAAUCUGCACAAUUUUAGUGGGGCAACAAUACCCAAAUAUGACAACAAUGUGAAAAAGGGCUCAAUAGACAAGGAGGCUUCAGUGACAUUUCCACCAAGUUUGUUCUCACUUCCUGUUACAAGUAAGUAAUUUAUAACUUGAUGUGAGUCACCCCGUUCUCCACCCCCUGCUAGAGGUAUCCAGAAGCCUACUUUGGUUAUAUAAUAUAAUAAUUAUAUGACUCUAUUGUUCCAGGUGUUGGGCAUGCCUCAAGCUUGGAGGUAUCCAAAGCCUACUUUGGUUAUGUAGUGUACAGAGACCUUGGCAAACAUGUCAGCAUGAACACAGAUGACACCAUACGGUAGUUUAAACUUUGAUAUAUUUUACUUUCGUUAUCAGGAUUUUUACAAAUAAAUUCUACGUUUAUUUGUCACAUAAUGUGCUACCACCGUAAAACUUUGAUGGUGAAACUAGUAAUAUUUUGUAAUGGGAUUAGUCUUGCUACAUUAAGGUGACUGACAAAGUCCCCCUCAAACAAUGGCACAACCUUUUGAUCCAUUCUUUUUUAAGUAAUCAAAUAUUUUCAUUAUCUAUAAUUAAUGCAUUGUUGUUCUUGAAAGUUGAAAUCACUUUUAAAUUGAGAUGAACUCUUGCCAAUGUUUCUAAAAGUUAACCUAAGUGAGAGGCUGCAAGCAGCUCAAGACUUUUAAGUUAAUAUAAAAUGACAACUUGCAGUGUAGUUUCUUUUUUUCUUCAAAAAUAUACUGACAUAUGAAGAAUCUCUGUGAGAUAUCUGUGAAUGUUUUUCAAAUCCUAACAUUUUCUUUAACAAAUUAUUAAUUUAUUGGGGAUUGAAAUGAUGUGAUUGUGUAAUUCAUUGUCAGUAUUAUCUUUGUCAGUCGCACAGGCAGACCCAUGACAGUAAAUGGCCCGAUCUUCUCAUUGGUUGUUGCUGACAAGGAGAACAUAACCCGUGGCUAUAUUGCUGAUCCCGUCAUUCUGACCUUGAGACUUCGACUGCCCAAUAAUAGGACCAACAUGUAUUGUGCUCGAUGGGCCCCUAGUGCAUCAGAUGAAACGUAAGAAAACUUGUUAAUCCACUGAACCCCAAACCCCAGUUGUACUGAUGAGACCCUGUAAUGGCCAGAACAGCCCACUGGACUUCUCUUUACAAGUUGUCUAUAAAAAAUGAAAAUCUUAUGAGAAAUGAGACCAAGGGAGAUUACUUAGUUUUUUUUUGGUGUUGUUUUUAUAGAUUGGCAGAGUGUUUAUUAUUUUAAUAGCAGAUUUAUUUAUUUUCUAUUUUGAUUCAUGAGAUUGUGAACGAAAAUUAAUUUAUGUCAUAGAUGCAAAAUUGAUCUAUUUUAAAAUAAAUUCUAAAUAUAUUUAUAGUAUAGGUGGAAUUAUUCCCGUUUAUCUGGGGUUUCAAAUCUAAAAUAUUCUGAGCGCCCAAAAUUGCAUGGGUUAGAUCUAAGUACCAAGUGAGCUUCCUAGUACAUCUGUCAGAUGAAAUUUAAGACUUGCUCUAAAUUUAAGUGACACAAACUAUUCCGUUACAUUCAUAUUCUGGCUGACCAAAAAAUAUAUUAUAUUAAAUUAUUCCUAAAUCUGUGUCUAGCAUAAGUAAAUGUAGAUAUAUACAACCUGACUUUUAUGUUAAAACAUCAGACAUAAUAAUAUAUUUGGAGGAAAUAUGUUCUAAUUUUGUUUUUUUUCAUUCUAAGAUACUUAACAAAAACAUAAGUCGGCAAAGAAACUUAAGUGGCUCAAAAUGUUUUAGCAUGUCUGUUUUACUUCUUUGAUGGCUUUGUAAAUGUGUUUAUCCUACAAGGUCUUAAGGUACGUUCUAACAGCAGAUUUGUAACAGCCACAAAUAUGACACAGACAUUCCAUGUGGGUAUUCUCACUGAGCAGGCACAACUGUAACAUCUGAUGUGGAACUUUUGAUACAAUUUUAAUAUGUUCGCUACUAUCAGCAACCUGCGGCUGUAUGAGUCUCUUUAAAUGAAUGAAUUCUGAUUUUUUUCUUUUUCUUUAAAAUAUGAAUUUUACCAGUAGCAACAUACAUUUUAAAAAUUUUUUUAAUUAACUCCAUAUUUUUUAAACAGGACAUUUUUCCUCUAAGGUCUUCCUUCUCUUGUCUGGCCCACUCCAAUAAAAUCAAACAUGUCAUUUAUUUCACAAAUUUUAAUAUUCGGACUAUAAAAUACGGCUAUCAUCAAAUACAGCUAAUAAUUAGAAUUUGUUAACAAGUCAGCUUAUGUUAAAUUCAUCAAGUUAGUUUUGUGACCACUCCAUUUUCCACCAGGUGCUAUGCUACUAACCUGUCAGCUGAUAAUGCAUGAGCAUUGAUCAAAAUAUGACGGGAUUGUUUUUGUUAAUUGCCGGCCAACAGUUAAUAUACUGCAACACUCGACAAACCCGUCAGAAUGACAUUUGGUAGGUCUGUUUUCGUUGCAACAAGUAGCAUGUGAUCACAGAAAAUUGAGAAUCCAAGUUACAAAAAGUAACAAAUCUGCAGUGUGAAAGUACCUUUAAAUGUGUCUAUAAUUUCCCUUCUCCAGUUCUGGGACAUGGACUGCGGCAGGUUGUAGGGUGAGAAACACAAGUUGUCGAAUCACCGUCACCUCUGAACACUGUGAGGAAUUUUAUGUUACCUGUGAAUGUAACCACCUGUCAGCCUAUGCUGUCAUCAUUGAUAUAGCUGAUGGAACGGUAAGAUUUGUUACAUUAACUGUCAAAAAUGUCUUGUAACAUUAAUGAACAUCCAUGAAAAAAAAAAAUGCUAAAAAAACAAACAAAAUAAACAGGGAAGAAUUGAAUCCUUGAGGAAUAAAACACAUGUCAAAAGGGAGGCAAUGCUACUUUUGAUAAUUUUAAUCAGGAAUAAUAAAAAAAAAGUAUAUCUAAACAUUUUCUAAAUACAUGUGCUCACAAAGGGCAACUAUUUAAAAAAAAAUUGAUUUUAUCAAAAGGAAUCAUUUCCUUUGCAGACACUGUGUACACACAUUUGGUAGUGAUAUCUUGUGGGCACAACGUAUGUACAAACAUGUGGUAUUCAUAAUGUUAUAUAUUCCUGUAGGCCUUACUUCCUGCUAUCAUUGAUAUGGAGGCUGUGACCUAUGUGCUGACCACUUUGUCAUUGAUGCUGCUGUUGCUCUCAUUCUUUGUCCUCUUCACAGUCAAACGUCUGCAAUGUAACUGGAACAGCAUUCGCAUCAACCUCAUCUUCACCAUCUUCAUUGUAGACUUGGCUUAUGUGAUUGGAAUCAAUA